CAAGUACAUAGAUUACUACAGGAGUAGAAGAAGAAGAAGAAGGUGGGACAUCUCUCAUGAUGUCAUUCUUUCAUCUCUCAUUGGAUGAAACACAUACGACAAACAACAGCAGAAGUUUAUAAGGAAAUCGACACUAAGUUACUACUUUAAGUUAGUCUUUGAGUCCCCACGUCAUCACGAACUAGAGUCUGAGUCCCCACGUCAUAACGAACUAGUCUUUGAGUCAUCACGAACUAGAGUCUUUGAGUCCCCACGUCAUCACGAACUAGAGUCUUUGAGUCAUCACGAACUAGAGUCUUUGAGUCAUCACGAACUAGAGUCUUUGAGUCAUCACGAACUGGAGUCUUUGAGUCCCCACGUCAUCACGAACUGGAGUCUUUGAGUCCCCACGUCAUCACGGACUGGAGUCUUUGAGUCCCCACGUCAUCACGAAGUGGAGACUUUGAGUCAUCACGAAGUGGAGUCUUUGAGUCAUCACGAUCUAGAGUCUUUGAGUCAUCACGAACUGGAGUCUUUGAGUCAUCACGAACUGGAGUCUUUGAGUCAUCACGAACUGGAUUCUUUGAGUCAUCACGAACUGGAGUCUUUGAGUCAUCACGAACUGGAGUCUUUGAGUCAUCACGAACUGGAGUCUUUGAGUCAUCACGAACUAGAGUCUUUGAGUCAUCACGAACUAGAGUCUUUGAGUCAUCACGAACUAGAGUCUUUGAGUCAUCACGUCAUCACAAACUAGAGUCUUUGAUUCCUCAUUGGACAGCCUGAGACAUAUUUCAUUACGACUUUCCGUCCUGCUCUGUGAUUGGUCGGCUGGAAGCUCGGUGGAUUUUUGAGGUCAGUAACAUUUUAUUUGUUUUCUCAGAUCAAAUGUUUCUCCUGAGACGACCUGCAGCUCUGCAACCUUGUAUCUCCAGACUGUUUUCUACUUUACCUACUCUGACUCUAUUUACUAAGGAUCCGUGUCCUCUGUGUGAUGAAGCUAAUGAAGAGCUGGAACCUCUCAAACACAGAUUUGUCUUCCAGCAGGUGGACAUCAGUCUCCCAGAGAACAGAGCGUGGUGGGACAGUUACAGGUGGGACAUACCUGUCUUCCACCUGAAUGGACAGUUUGUGAUGAAACACAGAGUGGACGUUGUCCUGCUGGACAAACUGCUGCAGGACGCCGAGACGCAGGAGACGUGAUGCCAGUUCAUGAUCAAUACUCAAUAAACACAACUGAUUCAAUAGAUGUUUCUCUUCUGCGUCUUCUUCCGGGUUCAUUACAUAAAACCAAUCGGAAUGGCCGCUCCGUGUGAUGUCACAACUGUGGAACGAAUUAUAUUCAUUAUUUAGGUGUUGGUGUCCGCCAAUCAGGGUGGAGGAUCAUUAGUGAUGUCACUGUGAUGAUGUCACUGUAAAAAGAAAAAUAACAUUUCUAUAUUGUAUUCUGAGCCCUCAAACCAACACCUGAGUCACCUGAUGCUGUGAGCUCAUCAAUAUUUAACCUACCAAUGGUUCUCUGUCUCUGGCUGUCAGCCAAUCACAGCAUGACGGCUGUGGGGGGGUGUAGAGUGUGCUGGUUGUCAUGUGCAGACCGUCAGGUGUGCUUUUUGUGAGCUGAAGGUGUGUUGAUGGCGUCUAGCAGCUUCAGUAGAGCUGAAGAUGUUCAGUUUGCUUUGCAGAGAGCCAAGAAUAAGAUCAGCAACCUACAGAGACAACUGAACAGCAAGUAAGUUAAAAAAGUUAAAUAUGUCUUUAAUGUUACAUCUGUAACAACUGAAGAACAAGAUAAGAGUUAAAUAAAGCUGCAAGCAGCAUUGAUCGGGCCCUCGCAACUUCACGCACGUCGAGUGUACUGGCAGGACU